AUGCUUUUUUCUAAUCCAACGUGGAAUCCGAAUGGUACAACAAUUGCGAAUGGAGCUCUAAUCGGAUCAAACCCAGUCGACAUAUUUAUUAAUCAGAAUAACACAAUCUAUAUUCCAAAUAAAAGCAAUGGAAGAAUUCUCACUUUUCUUCAAGGAAACUUAAGUUUGAUCAAAUAUAUUUCUGAUAAUUUAACAAAUUCAUCAAGUUUAUUUGUCACAACACAAGAUGAUAUUUAUGUUGAUUAUGUAAAAGAAUUCCUACGACCAUACGGUUUCGACCUUUUUCAAGGGUCAAUCCUCAGGUAG